AUGGAAUCGGAGUACGAAGUCAAUGCGUACGAGUCGGCCCCGCACGCCACGUGCAAAGGGGUGAUUAGACGAGUCGACAUCAGGGACUCCCAGUCUACUAUUACAAGGAAUAUUGUGUAUGACCGCAACCCGCUCGCUUUGGCAGCCAAGCGCAUCAAGACGUCGGGCUCAGUCAUCGUCCUCUUCGAUGGACUGAAAGUGCCAAACUUUUGUAGAGGGUGUGGAGCCCUCAACCCACCAAAUGACCACGUUUGCACGCCCAAGUGCAAGUUCUGCGGAGGAGACCACCCCACCGGAGACAAGUUUUUGGCCUACUUUGCCGAUCCUGUCCCUGGCCGGACCGGAUUUCUUUGCCCCGAUACCAAUGACACCGACAACCCUUCUUGGACUACGUUUCAGCACGUGGAUAACUCGGCUAGUAAGGGCAUGGGCGGCCCUAUCUACUUCACUGAAGAUAGCUCUGGCCUGUUCAUCGACUCGUCGGCCGAUAGUCUGCGUCCCAUCACCUUUGGUGACGUCAUCCUGGGUCCUCCAAUCACCGGCAAGUCCGGCAUGGUGACUUCCCCAGCUGAACAUAUAAAAGCGUCGUCGACAGUUGCCUUCUUCAGUGGGCGAGAUCACAGCAGCACUAGUGGGAUGCUGAACCGCUGUCUGCUCUUUACGCAGGUAGGUUACCUCAAGAACGCCAAAUGCAUUCGUUCUGAUAAUCGCUUUAGGCUGCUGUUUUCUCGCCCACACAAUUCUAUAUUUGCUUAUGAUUUUGUAUCUCUGUGCUCUGACCUAAUUUACUCCGUCAGCAGUCUCCUCUUGAGUGGUGAUGUGGAACUGAAUCGGGGGCCUCCUAAGCCAAUUAAGACUAAAGAAUGCCCGGUGACUGAUAUUCGUUUGCGAAGCUCAUCCACUACCGAUGAAACGAGUACCACAGAUGCCAAGGAUGUUGACUUGUCUUCUGUGGCACAAAUGCUUGCCGAAUUAAUUAAGGGCCAGCAACAUAUAUCACAAGAAAUAGCAGAUAUCAAGGACUUUCAUCAGGCUGUUAAAUCAAGGUUUGAUGCCUUAGAGACACGUGUCGCCGCAUUAGAAUCACUUCCAACCACACUUCCUUCGAUCGGAAACAAUGGUAAAGUGAAUAAUGAAAUUCAACAGCUACAAAUCAAAAUCGACCAACUUGCUUUGCGUAAUGAUGAUCUAGAAAACCGAUAUCGCCGUAAUAACUUGUUGCUGCAUGGCUUGACUGAGUCACCUGAUGAAACUCACGAUCUUCUGCUAUCUAACAUUUCCACGUUGUUCGAAGAACAACUUGAAAUCAAAUGCCCGAGUAUUGAGAGGUGCCACAGAAUUGGUCGUAGGCAUGCUGACCGCCCACGCCCCAUUAUCAUGAAAUUGCUCGACUAUCGCGAGAAAACAAACGUCCUUAAAAAUGGUCACAAACUUAAAGGUUCCGACUUUCGUAUUUCUGAAGAUUUUUCACAGCGCGUACGAUCAAUCAGAAAAAAGAUAUGGGAAGCAUCUAAGCCCUAUCGUGAUAAUGGCUCCAUUGUUCACUUAAGCUUUGAUCAUGCAUUUAUCAAUAAAGUUAAGUACAACUGGCACGAUGAUACUAACACCCUCACUAAGGUUCCUCCCCGCCCAACAAAAGUCACCACUGUUAAUCCCUGA